UCAGAUUAUUUAGAUCGCGUCUCUCUACUAGUAGAUCCCCUUUGGAAUCCGAGAUUUUCUAUUUCUAACCCCAAAAUCUACCUAGUAAUAACACAAUCAGAAAAACACUAAAUUUUUAUAGCCUCCAUUUACGAUUAUAUUCCUGGUAAUUAGUAUUGUUACCAUCUUUUUCUUGUUUUCUUUUCAAUUGCAGCACACAAAACAAGGGGUUUCCGAGUUUAGGUAGUCUGGGAUUCUGGGUCUCUUUUUACUCUGUGGAAAAGGUGGUAGAUGGUGGAAUCAGAAGUCAAGAAGAGUAAAAAGGGGGAGAAAAUGAAGUGGGGAUGGGUGAUCGGAGCUUUCACUACAGUUCUCAUUGCUAUUGCUUUGGCUUCAAGAAGUACACCGAUGAUCUCUUUUAAAAUUGGACACAUUUUUAGCAAGUCUUCUUGUCAUUGUCCACAGGAACACAGGUAUAGCGGGAUCGUAGAGGAUUGUUGUUGUGAUUACGAGACAGUUGACCAUCUUAAUGAGGAAGUAUUACAUCCAUUACUACAAGAACUUGUUAAAACCCCAUUUUUCCGCUACUUCAAGGUUAAAUUGUGGUGUAACUGUCCAUUUUGGCUUGAUGAUGGUAUGUGCCGAUUGCGGGAUUGUAGUGUUUGUGAAUGUCCAGAAAGUGAAUUCCCUGAAUCAUUUAAGAAGCCCUACCAUCAUGGCCUUCCAUCAGAUGACCUUAAGUGCCAAGAAGGAAAACCAGAGGCCACUGUUGACCGCACACUAGAUAGAAAAGCUUUUAGAGGUUGGACAGAAACAGAUAACCCCUGGACAUAUGAUGAUGAGACUGAUAAUUCUGAGAUGACAUAUGUGAACCUUCAACUGAACCCAGAGCGCUACACUGGCUAUACUGGUCCAUCGGCUAGAAGGAUAUGGGAUGCUGUCUACUCUGAGAACUGUCCCAAAUAUCCAGCUGAAGAAUUAUGCCAAGAAGAAAAAAUACUGUACAAAUUGAUUUCUGGUCUUCACUCAUCUAUUUCAAUCCAUAUAGCUUCUGAUUAUCUACUUGAUGAAGCCACAAACUUGUGGGGCCAUAAUCUUGACUUACUGUAUAACCGAGUUUUAAGAUAUCCAAAUCGUGUGCAAAACUUGUACUUCACAUUCCUCUUUGUUCUCCGAGCUGUGACAAAGGCAGCUGAUUACUUGGAACAAGCUGAAUACAAUACCAGUAAUCCAACCGAGGACCUGAAAACUCAGUCCCUAACGAGACAGCUACUUUAUAACCCAAAAUUGCAAGCUGCAUGCCCACUUCCUUUUGAUGAAGCUAGACUAUGGAAAGGACAAAGAGGACCUGAGCUGAAACAGAAAAUACAAGCUCAGUUCAAAAAUAUCAGUGCGUUGAUGGACUGUGUAGGGUGUGAGAAAUGUCGACUUUGGGGAAAGCUUCAGGUUCUUGGCCUUGGAACUGCGUUGAAGAUACUAUUCUCUGUUAAUGGUGAAGAGCACUUGCAUCAGAGGUUGGAGUUGCAACGAAACGAAGUGAUUGCCCUGAUGAAUCUACUCAACCGACUAUCCGAGUCUCUAAAAUUUGUCCAUGAAAUGGGAGCGGCAGCUGAAAAACUGAAUGAAGGAACAAGAAUUUCUCCUAUUAGGCUGAACAACCUGGUACAAAGGAUGUGGGCGUCAAUUGUUAAGACAUAGGUAACACAUUAUCAACAUCCUGGCUUGUAACGAACCUGAACAUGUUUGGCUUUUGGUUUUGCCUUACCCCACACACAUUAUCACCAAAAGCUCUAUUUGGAGAAAUAUAAGCAUAAGUUUACAACCAGUAGUUUUGCUGUAGGUGCAGAUUUUGAUAUCUCAUGUAUUAAAAGGUAACAGAGCAACUAA